AAUCAUCUGGGUGAAAAUCGAGCGUGUUUUUUGUAGCAGCUAUAACUUCUCUUUAAUGUGCAGAUUUAUUUGGCAUACAUCUAAAAACAAAUUUCAGCCACAGCUCUUUUUUUCUGGUAAACCACAGUACCAUCAAAGCAAGAAAUGACCGUUAUUUUUCCUCAGUUCAUGUUACCGAGCUGAACUGAUUCGGAAAUGCAAUAAAACACGUACGGUAACGUUAUAUAGGAAAUCAAGUAAUGGUGCAGUAAACAUCAAGUACAAAAAUAACAGAUAAAACUUACAUCGUGGUCAUCAUUCAAACAGUUUAACUUUUACCAUGAAAAAACAAGCAUUGCCUGUUAAGUUAUUUAAAAAAAACACACACACACACACACACAGUCGGGUGUUAGCUGACGGUUUUGGCGGCAUUUUCACUGAAAUUCAGCUUUAUUUUUGAUUGAGAAAACGACGGAUAAAGUUGCUGUGUAGACACUACUGGCUAGAAGGUGAACCUGUAGGAGGCGCUCUUACGCUCUUCAGUCCGCCGGUAAAGCCGCUGAAGAACAAAGGCUGGCGCACUGAGACUGAGAUGUUGACCAUGAAAGCACAGAUGGAUGUGAUCUGCUGUAAAUCAGUAGGAACUGAUCUGUCCAUGCUGGAUAUUGAGGAUUUCAUCAGUGAAAUCUGUCAGCUGAGGAAAGAGGUGGCGUCACUGGAGGCAAAGCUGAGAGAAAGAGGAGACAAACCCAACAGAGAGGAUCUGGAGAAGGUUUCAGUGUGUGUGACUGACGGGACAGAAGCUCAGGAUUCAGUCUGGAGAUCCAGAGACACACAGGACUCAGAGCUCAGCCUCACUUUACUGUGUUAUACUGACGCUCAGGAUCAUGGAUCCGCUGAUCAAACCUCUGACUGUAACGCUGGAGAACAGCAGAUGCUGCAGACGCCGCUGAAGAUGUGCUCCGUCAAACUGGUGGACUGCAGGAACCUGAUAGAGAGCAGAGGAGAAAAAACCACAGCAGAGGAACAACAACAGAGACAUGAGGAGGAUGAGGAUGAUGAUCAGAUUAAGCAUGAGGAUGAAGAUCAAAAUGAUGAUGUUGAUGAUGAUGACGAUUUUGUUCCUUCAGAUGACAACGCUGGUUCAUCUUCUGAUGGAGAAACUGCCUUUACAUCCAAAGAGCGACAGACAGUGACAGACUGUGGAAAAACAUUCAGCAAACAGAAAAAUUUAGCGAGACGUGAGAGAAAACACUCAGAACAGAAAGACUUCACCUGCAAGAUAUGCGACCUCAGCUUUCCUACUUACGUAGAGAGGAAACUUCAUACAAAAGAGCACACCGUGAAGAAGGAGUUUCGCUGUGAACAGUGCGGGAAGGAUUUUUUCACCACUCCUUAUAGUAUGAGAGCUCAUAUAAACACACACAGUGAAAAGACUUUACAAUGCAACGUGUGUAACAAAUAUUUCCGCACCAACCAACAUCUUUCAAUGCAUAAGAGAAUCCACACGGGUGAAAAGCCGUACCAGUGCCCUCACUGCGAGAAGAGCUUCAACCAGGUAACCCUUCUGAAGAACCAUCUACUCAAACACACCAAUGAGAGGCCGUAUCAGUGCAGCGAAUGUGGGAAAACCUUUACAAACUCAACUCUUCUAAAGUCACACCAACAAAGACACACCGAUGUCAAACCGUAUCAGUGUUCACACUGUGAGAAACGUUUCCAUCAUUCGACUCACCGGAAAACCCAUGAGAGGAUUCACACCGGAGAGAAACCGUACCUGUGCUCCUACUGCGGGAAGAGCUUUGCUAGUCCAUAUUCUUUUAAAGUUCAUCUGAGAGUUCACACUGGAGAAAGACCGUAUCACUGUAGUGAUUGUGGGAAGAGUUUUUAUAAGCUAAGUGACUUAAAAAUACACCAGAGGACUCAUACAGGAGAAAAACCUUUUAAAUGCUCAAAUUGUGACAGGACAUUCACUCGAUCAAGUGACCUGAAGAUCCAUAAGCGAUGGCAUACAGGAGAGAAACCUUACCGCUGCUCCAUCUGCGGCGAGAGAUUCUCUUUUAAAGGGGGUUUUCAGAGUCACCAGAAGAAACACACUGACCCAGAAACAUCAUAGCAUAUACCGGAAGGCGAAGCACGUGAGAGAGAAGCAUCCGGAUCAUACGGAGAGAUCUGACUGGCAGCGGCAGGUUCAGCCUUUGGACAGCCUUUACACAAUGUGCUGACAGAACAUGAUCAUGAAACAUGAGAAGUGUUUUUUAUGAUAACAGGAGUAAGAGAAGAAUACACUUUGCAUCAUUUGUUCUCGUUUUUUUCUGUGCGUUAGAUUGUCUAAAGCUGAAAAAAAAACACGCUCGUACUUCAUAGUGUAAAAUUGUUAAAUUAAAUUUAUUAAAAUUCUUCAGUUCAAGCGAAUGUAAAAUAGUCAAAACAUCUAAAAAAGAAUAAAUCAAUCUGAUUUGCUAAUGGUUAAUGAUUAUGUACAUGUCACAUCAAAACAUUUUGAUUCAAUACACUUUAUUUUACUGAGGAGUUUCUCCUGCUUUUAAAAAAGAAAUUCUAAAGUUUAACAUGUGAUUCGAGAUGUUUUGCGUAAUGUAAUACUAUUACCAUUACUUGUCCGUAAUUCUGUCAGUAUUAAAGAAUGAAAUCGAAUAGACGUCUCAAUUACAGUGUUGACCACAUAAACAGUGCUGUAAGUCAGAAAUACCUGGAUAAAGCUGAAUGGGAAAACCUCUCCAAAACCAACAAACCCAAACAUGCAAAAUGAUGCACAGACACAGAGAACACAACCGAUUAACUAGUCUUCUGACCAACUAAUCACACGCUGCUCCCCCACAACGUCUUUUUCUGUCAUUUACAGUAAUGUGUUUGCCUCAUGAAACCUAUUUCCAGUUAUAUGUCAUUUUAUGCAAUCCGUUCAGAAAAAAAAUCAUGUAAAGCACCUUUGUUUAGUUCAGCUACUCAGAUAAUUUCACAAAGUGAGUUCAGUCCAUUAUUUCUAAUCAGAAAACUCUAUAAACAUAUGUGCCUGAAUUGAAAUAAGGUAUUUGUUUUACUAUAGAAUGAUGUGAAAGGCAGAACUAGUAGUUUCAAGUACUAACCGAACAGUGUGUCAAGUAUGAGCUUGAUUGUAGUGCAGUUAUCUCGCUGAUUUUGUGCAAUAAACUGCGUAUUUAUACCCCACUAUGACAUUUACACAAUAAAGACACUCUGUGGUACUUAUAGAGA